AUGACAGGUCAAAUAAGGCUCAUUGGUCGGUCACAUGAGAGGCAAAAGUGGGGACUCUAUGCCUCUAAAAACACAAUUAAAGGCCAGCACCAUAAGUUGGAUAUGGGACAGAUCGACUUAGGUAACAAGAAUGGAAUAAAUUGUCUUGCAAGCAGUACCGAAAUGUAUGGGAACUUCCAGCAAAGUCAUCCUUGCAAUUUAAGGUUCCCCGUCAAUUCCACAACCGCGUAA